CUUUUUUUCCUCUAGCACACGGCUUCCGCUCUCCAAUGAAGUGUCUUCGCUCUACAUAAAAUUCAAGCAGAAGUGCUGAAAGAUAAGAAGGAGCACAAGUUCACAUGGCCAUGCAAUGAGGUGUCUAAUGGCUAUGCAAUGAAGUGUCUAAUGGCCAUGCAAUGAGGUGUCUAAUGGCCAUGUGAGAAGGGAGUCUCGGGAGAGAAGAGUUUUCCACGGAGGAUGGCCGCAGUCAAAAAUAACACCAACGGAUUGACAGACUUAAAAGAAGAGCACUGUAAGUGGGCUGCACCUGCAGAUUUGUGUGUGAAGCUGGAGGACUGUGAGGAAAGAAUUUCGGUCUUUAAAGAGGAGGAGGAGAAGGCGGCGGCGGCAGCACCGCCACCCGAGGGAGAGACUGUUGCCGUGAAAGUCGAGGAUUCAAAGGAUUUCUCGGUUUGCCUUGAUCUGCACAAACGUGAAAAUGGGAACAUCUUCAAGCAGCAUAUCUGUGAAGAAUCUCAUUAUGGUUUACAGCCCCAACUCACAAACACAAGACAACUGGCAGCCCAGCAGGAUUCUCUGGAGUUUGAGGAGACAGUCGGUGAGGGAAAUGGGAGAGAAGGAGAAGGGCAGCAGCCAUCUGGGAAUGCUGAGUUAAAUUACCAGGACGGAACAGAGAAUUUAACCUCAGCCUCUUUGAAGUACAUUUGUCUUCCUGCUGCCAGAUUAACAGAAGCUGUCCACACUGAUCAACAACUGCAUAAUCCAGAUGAAGAGCAUUUGCACGCCUGCCGACAGGGUGGAAAUACAUAUGAAAUCAAAUCUGACUGUAAAAAUCACAGGACGAGUCCUACAACACCAAAGCCGUAUUGCUGUUCCAUAUGUGGCAAACGAUUCCUCCAUAAUAGCAACCUUCAAUUACACAUAAGAAUUCACACUGGCGAAAAACCUCAUUGCUGCUCUGAAUGUGGCAAGCGAUUUUCCAACAGUUACAGUCUCCAAAGACACACGAGAAUCCACACUGGAGAAAAACCCUAUGGCUGUACUGAAUGUGGAAAAAGAUUUGCUGAUAGCAGCCAUCUUCAGAAGCACACAAGAAUCCAUUCUGGAGAAAAGCCGUACUACUGCACUGAAUGUGGCAAACGAUUUCCCCUUAAGAACAGUCUUCAGACCCACUUAAGAAUUCACACAGGAGAGAAGCCAUAUUGCUGUUCCGAUUGUGGAAAACAGUUCUCCUACAGCAGCGUUCUCCAAAAACACAAAAGAAUCCACACUGGAGAAAAGCCUUAUGGCUGUGCUGAAUGUGGCAAACAAUUCACUGACAACAGCAACCUUCUGCGUCACAUGAGAAUUCACUCUGGAUGUAAAAGCCAAAAUUAGAAUAACAAUGGUAAAUGCACACAAAUGUUUGCUAAUCUGAAUAGAAUACAAGUUUUACAAAGUUACUAAGAGAAUGGUGUAACCUUUUACCCUAUAAGAUAACAUCUUUAUAGAACUUUCUGAGAUAUAUUUGUAAUAUCAGAAUGUUAAUUAGUUAUGGUCAUGGUCUGUCUGCUAGAAUGAUGGGUUGUGAGAUUUUCCUGCAAAUAGAAGGAUGCCAUGGCGUAUGGUUUUCUGACCAAAUGAUUGUAUGUCAUGUAUGUUGUGUGGUCUUUGGCCGGCUUGUUAUCCCGGCCAAAACCCCCAGGCCACCAGAUGGAACCCUCCCUGCAGUAUGGA